AUGUCAACCGUCUUCCAUCUCUUCUCUCUUCCCUAUUUACCCCUUAAACGGGUUUUGGAUAAUGUCGGACCGGAGGCUCUGUUAUAUAUCUCCUUGUGCUCUCGGAGAGCUAAAAAUGUCGCAGUAUCAUACAAAGGCCCUUCAAAAAAUGUUCAGUUAAAUGUACACUUUGGGCAUAAGAAUUGUCUGUCAUACAUGGAAGGAGUUGAUAUAUAUUGGCUUCUAAAUGUACAAAAACGAUCGAAUCUGUCUUAUGUAGAUCGAAACCUGGCUACUGUAAGAAUCGGAAAUUUCUGUGGCAUUCCCGUUGAAAUGGGAGAAUUAGGUAUGAACACGUAUUGGGAUGAUUGUAUGGUUGGAAUCACUGAAAUAGGAGAUCAUGCUCGUGAAAUAUUCAAUCAAGAUUUUUAUGAAGUUUGUGUUUAUGAUAAACAAGAAGAUGGCGAUCAUAGACGGGCGGCCGAGUGGAUUAAAAAUUCUCAAGGGAAAAUUCAAAGCCUCCAUUGUGAUUUUAAACCGCAAAUCGAUAAUGAUCUUGAUUUCAUUCUGGAAAACGUUGAAUACACUAGAAUGCUCUCACUUCAUGUGAAUCCACCACCCAACUAUCAUCCUGCAAAGCCUCCGAAUUUCAGCAUUGAUUUUGUUUAUAUGAUAUUCAGUUUUUGGAUCAAACAGGAUCAUUUACUGACAAUGAACUGCGAGUAUAUAGUGCUGCAAGACUCAAAAUUGAGCAGUCAAGAUUUUAAUGCGUUCUUGAAGCAUUGGAUGGCUGGAGAUUGCUCUAAAUUGAAAUUAUUACGUGUUGAUGUCGAGGAAUUGAUUGACUAUCAAAUUGUUUUGGACGGUGCGGAGUUUGUAAAAAGAGAAAGAGAUGUAGCGAGAGUUUAUGUCGAUGAAGAAGAACACCAUCACACUAUAAGAGGCGGUUUCGAUGCCAAGCGACCAAGUGAUAAUGUCACAGCGACCAUCACAAACGGUGGGCAAAUUUCAAAAUUCUUUUUGAUGAUUGUCUGGCCAGAUUCCGCUGAAAAUUCCUACGAAGAUUAA